AAAAAGUAUCCCAAUUCCCCAAUCGAUUACGCUAACUCCCAAAUUCCCCAAACCCCCAAUCCCACUCCUUCUCUAAUCCAAUGGCGCCCAAAGCUGAAAAGAAGCCCGCCGAGAAGAAGCCGGCCGAAAAGGCCCCCGCCGCCGAGAAGGCUCCUGCUGAGAAGAAGCCCAAGGCCGGCAAGAAGCUCCCCAAGGAGGCCGGAGCCGCCGCCGGAGACAAGAAGAAGAAGAGGAACAAGAAGAGCGUGGAGACCUACAAGAUCUACAUCUUCAAGGUCCUCAAGCAGGUCCACCCUGACAUCGGAAUCUCCAGCAAGGCCAUGGGCAUCAUGAACAGCUUCAUCAACGACAUCUUCGAGAAGCUCGCUCAGGAGUCGUCGAGGCUUGCGAGGUACAACAAGAAGCCGACGAUUACUUCUCGGGAGAUCCAGACCGCCGUCAGGCUUGUGCUUCCUGGUGAAUUGGCUAAGCACGCCGUCUCUGAGGGGACUAAGGCGGUGACCAAGUUUACUAGCUCUUGAAGAAUUUGGGUUUGCCCAUUGGCUUCGAUUUGGCUCUGUGUGCUUAGGCUUAGGGUUUUAAAUUAGUAGUAAAUUUGUAUUUUCGUUUAUGGAUGGGUCUGCUCGAUCCGUAGUGAAUCAAAUACGGCGGUUCAUAAAUGUUGCUCGUCUCUAACUUGGGUUCGAUUUAGAUUUUCUGCCUGUAUGGUUAAUUUGCUUUUUUACUACUGAAUUCAAUAGGGCGUUUGCUCAUAUAUAGUACGUUACUAAAUUGUUUGCUACC